AUGGAAUGGAACUGUGAGUAUUCUCCAAUUUAUCCGGCACCUCACCUGGGGAGCCAUUUUCCUCAUCACCGUGCUAUGGAUAUCGAGCACAAUGGUAGCCAUGUCCCCACCACAUUUGAUUUGGUCUCAUCGCUGACGUUGACCCCGUCAAACAUCUGUGGAACGCACUCUUGUUACUUUCAAACGUCCACGCGAUGCGCCUAUUUCAUCCCAUGCGCCAUUACUCAUGUCAUUAUCGUUUAUCUAAAUUCUGGAAUUCUUCAAGUUCGCUGCUCGAAUCAAGUGAAUCGCUUGCAAUCUGAAGGGUACAACGGAGGGGCGCGUUUGCUAAUGGGCAUUUGCAAAGUUUUUCACAACUAUUGCAGGGAUAACAACAUCAGUCUUCACGAAGGAAAUUUCACUCUCGCAUACGAUACAAAUAUCCCUCGCCAGACAGGUUUUCAGGUUCUAGAGUGCUAUUAUUUUUGUGCUGCACUCAGCUGCCUUCUGGAUUUCUAUGAUAUUAGGCAGCUGGUUAAAGUUGAUGUCAGGUCAAGCCUCAUUCUUAAUGCUGAAAAGGAGCUUGGCAUUGUUGCCGGUCUCCAGGGCAGGGUAGCACAGGUCUAUGGUGGCCUCGUAUACAUGGCGCACGUUUGGUGAUAAUGCACUUCGUCUGGUGACAAAUGUACUGAUUCGACAAGUGCCUUGGUGCACUGUACAUCUUUCGAUUGAGAAUUGGCAAAAAAAUAGGGAAUCCAGUUGCCUCUGGGGAUCCUGAUUUAUCAAACAGCCAUUGUCAUGUAGUAGGUUGU